ACCUGUCCCUACUACAGCGAAAAAAAGGGCAGCACAGUCAGGUUUAUUUUGCUAUAAAUAGUCACAGGACAAACCAAUCAGGUUUUACCUAUGUAGCAGCAGUCACAUGUUUUGCUCACUGAAUGUCAUUCAGCUGCUGACAACUGUGUGUGCCAGAGCAUAGAAGUAAGAGGUCGCUGUCGUUUUCAUUUGCCUGUUGAUAUAGCUACAUUUUGAGAAUAUCCGAGCCAAUGUGUGACACAAUGUGCCCAGUGUGCCUUUUUGUUAUUGGUUUCCUAAUAGUGGGCUACCUCCUUUUGUGUGUCUACUUGAAGUCUACUCGAAGAUAUUGCAGAUCGGAAGUUGAUCUCACUGGUAAGACUGUAAUUGUUACAGGAGGAAAUACUGGGCUUGGUUACAUCACUGCACGCGAAUUAGCUUCUCGCAAUGCCCGUGUUAUUCUUGCUUGCCGGAAUGCUGAAAAAGCUGAAACUGCAGUGGAAAAAAUCAUUUCAGAAACUGGAAAGAAAAACAUUGUCUCCAAGAAGUUAGAUGUAAGCUCUUUAAAAUCUGUGAGAGAGUUUGCUGAACAGUUCCUGAAAGAAGAAAGUCGACUAGACAUUUUGAUAAAUAAUGCUGGUAUCAUUACAAAUGAUUCCAAGUUGACAGAAGACGGACUUCAAGUAACAUAUGCCACAAAUCAUUUUGGUCCAUUCUUACUUACAAACCUUCUCCUAGAACGUUUAAAGGCUUCAACUCCUUCUCGAGUUGUCACUCUUAGUUCUUAUGGUCAUCAUUUUGGAAAAAUCCAUUUUGAAAAUUUCAAGAUACCUAUGUUAUUUGAAGGCUCAGAGACCUAUGGCUCAACAAAACUAGCUAAUGUACUAUUUACUUUCGAAUUAGCAAAAAGAGUGAAAGAAGAAGGAGUAACAGCAUAUUCUGUUCAUCCAGGGCUUUGCAAAUCAAAUCUUUUUGAUAGCUUUCAUCCAAUUCUACAAUGGAUCCUUCUGAAUCUGAAUCCUUUCACAAAGUCUAUAGAAGAAGGUGCUCAAACUACUAUUUAUUGUGCUAUUGAAAAAGGUAUUGAGGAGCAUAGUGGAAAGUAUUUCGAUAACCUUCAAGUAGGAUGUGCCAAUGCAAAAGGCUAUGAUGCAGGGGUUGCCAAAAAACUGUGGGAAGUCAGUGAAAGUUUGACAAAGCUUGCAUAAAUCUAUAUUGUCACAGAAGUAAAAUGUUUUCUGCUGAAUCUUCAGCUACUGCUACUGCUAAAUCACUCACUUAUGAAGAUCUGUCAUUAACAUUUAUUUCAGAUUUUUGUAUUUUUACUUUUGGAGAUGAAUUUUGUAAAUUUGCAGUAUAUAUAUAUGUAUAUAUAAUCAAAUAAAAUAAAUUUAAAAAAAAAGAAAAAAAUGGAAAACAAAUACGUAAAUAAAAGCUUUUUUUUUUAUA